GGGGGAACAGGGCCUCCCAGGACUCCCCCGGGACUCCAGAGCCAGACCCGCUCUUCUCCGGCCAGGAAGGCAGCUGCGCUGGGGCCACGGCAGCGAAGACAGAGCGAGGGGAAGGAAGGAGCCGCAGAUAGCGCGAGGCAGCAGUCACUGCCUGCUGCCUACUGGCUGCCGGGUCAGUUCAUCCCCUGCAGCCAAGGCAGGCGAGUCCCUACUCUGCACCAGGGGCUGGACUUUGUUGGUGGUGGUUGUUUAGAAUUUAUUUUAAUUAUUAUUUUUGUCUUCUUCAAAGGGUGUGUGGGUGGGGGGCUCAGAUCUUUCCCUCCCUUCUCUCCCCCUCUCCCUAUAUAUAGCACUCCUCACUCUUCCCCACCCACCCUUCAGUUUGGAAUUUGGAGUUAAAAAAAAAAAGGAAGUGGCGGGGUAAGCGCAGUGGCAUGUCCCUGUCCUCUUCAGUCCUGCCCCCCGAAGUGGAGAUGUGCAAGAGACAAGCGAGGGAGCGGAGCUCGUGAGACGCAGAGCCGGAACCAUGUACCUGCGGCCCCUGCCCCUUGUCGUGGUCCCGGGCUUCCUCCAGCUGCUAUUUUGUGACAGUAAAAAAAUAGCACAUGCCUCAGAGGGACUGGAUUGGGAAGACAAAGAUGCUGCAGACACACUGGUCGAUAACGAGGUCCACUCAAGGAUCAUCAAUCCUUUACGCCUGUUUGUUAAACAGUCUCCAGUGUCAAAGCCCGGUCAGAUGUCAUAUGCAGACAGCAUAGAAAACUUUUGGGAUUGGUUGUCCAACAUCACGGAAGUGCAGGAGCCAUUGGCAAGAACUAAGCGUAGGCCAAUAGUAAAAACGGGGAAAUUUAAGAAAAUGUUUGGAUGGGGAGAUUUCCAUUCAAACAUCAAGACUGUGAAACUCAACCUUCUCAUCACGGGGAAAAUUGUCGACCACGGCAAUGGAACCUUUAGUGUUUAUUUCCGACAUAACUCCACGGGUCUGGGUAAUGUCUCAGUGAGCCUGGUACCACCAUCCAAAGUGGUAGAAUUUGAAGUCUCCCCCCAGUCCACACUAGAGACCAAGGAGUCCAAAUCUUUCAAUUGCCGCAUUGAAUAUGAAAAAACAGACCGGGCGAAGAAGACUGCAUUGUGCAACUUUGACCCUUCGAAGAUCUGCUACCAGGAGCAGACUCAGAGUCAUGUCUCUUGGUUGUGCUCCAAACCUUUUAAGGUUAUUUGCAUUUACAUUGCCUUUUACAGUGUUGAUUACAAACUUGUGCAAAAGGUCUGUCCUGACUACAAUUACCAUAGUGAGACUCCAUAUUUAUCCUCUGGCUGAAUCUUUAUGAGAUGGCAGGAUUGGGGGACGUUUGUGACUGGAAUAACAGAGAAUGGAGUUCAGCUCCUCAAGUUAAAGAAUUCCUUUUGUUUGAGGCCGUGGACCUUGCUUCCUUAUCAGGUUUUAAAAUGAUUAAAAAAAAAAAAAGUCUUCAAGUUUGUGGCUGUGUUUGUGCUGUGUUAUAAGUAACCUACAGAGUCAAACUGUUUAUGUAAUAGUUGCUUUCAUUUAAGAUGAUAGUCUGGAAAUCUUGCUGUUUUUUCUAAGGGAGUUAUCAGAUGAGAGCAACAUGAAACAAAAAAGGACACAAUUUGGCAUGUGAGAAACACUCCUCUUGAAAACGAGUCUACCUUUCAGAUGUAUAUUAGACUUCUGCUUUUAAAAAUAUAGCAGGUACAUUGAAACAGCUGAAAAAAAAAACCUGCAUUGGACAGAAGAACCAUGUUUCUAAUACCAACUUAUUUUUUCCAUGUUUUUCUGGUUUUCACCCCUAUGUAGUACCACUUUUUGUGGUUGCCUUACAAAGGGUAAAAAUUGUUUAACUAGCAUUUAAAGGAAGAGGCAGUGCCACAGAAGAAUGAAUAUACAUUAUUUGAAGUAGAUGUGGAAUGUUGAAUUCAUAUGGUUUGGAGGUUUUUCCUGCUUUUAUCUUUAUUAUGGUCCCCAUGUUUGUAACACAUUUCCAUUUGAUUAAUAACAAUGUGAAGAAAAUGGGGAAGGAAGGCACUGGGUUUAGAAACUGAUGAACAAGGUUCAAAUUCUGGCUUUGCCACUGACUACUUCUUGGGCAAGUCACUUAAUAUUUUUAGAACUCAGUUUCCUCAUCUGCAAAAUGAGGAGGUUGAACUAGAUGACCUCUUAGGUCCCUUCCAUCUUUAUCUAUAAUUCUAUUUGUAUUUUGCUUUGGUAUUAGAAGAGAUACUAUGGAAUCCAUAUUAAAAAUAAGAAAGAUCCAUUUUUUAAAAUCAUUGUUACCCUGCUGAGAUUAUCAAAACUUAAAAUAAAUAACUGAGCAUGAUCCACCCAUGGCAAACAACUACAUUUUGUUAAUUUGCUCAUAGGAUUUGAGAUAGAGAGAGACAGAGAGACAAAGAAGCAUCGUUGGAAUGAAAGACAUAGGGAGAAAAUUGAAGACUCUAGAGUCCUAAUAUUUGUUGUCUUCCAAAAUUAUUCUUGGAUUUUAUUUAUUUUUGGACUGAAAGGGAGGCCCAAUGGAAAUUAAAAGUUGUUAAUGUUAAAAUGUUGCUGUAUUGACAACCAAGAUACCUGGUUAUCAACCAGAAUUUCUAGUCUACUCAGAAAUUACUAUGGUAUUUCUUUACAGUCCAGUGCAGUGUCUAUAACCUUGUUGUUUUUCUAAGGUGAUAAAAUUAAUCUCUAACAGUAUAAAAUGGGACCAUCACUGACUCAAUCAAGGAGGACAAGCUGUUUGAAAAUCUCUGUUGAUUAGAGAUCCCUUAAAUGAGUGGCUUUCUGGACUAUUGAUCACCCAUUUCUCCUCUUGCUCUGUAAAAUUUCUAAGAUAUUCUGUUUGUGAAAAAAAGGUUUCAUCCAAAAUUCAGGAUUAAUAAUGAGAUAUUUGCUCUUUCUUUCUCCCUCCUUCCCUCCCUCCUUUCUUUCCUCCCUAAUUUAUUCCCUUCCUUCCUUCUUUCUUUUCACUUUCUUCCUUUGUGUUGCUCCUUCUUUCCUUGCUUCCUUCCUUCCUUUCUUUUUCCUUCAUGUGGGGUUCGGAGAAGAAAAGAGGAAGAGGCAUUCUAACAAACAAAAUGUUCUUACCUUACUAGCCAUAAAACCCGAUUAGUACUGUCAUAAAACUGAAUUUUCCAUUUCUUAUCUUUUGCUGCUGCUUUAUACACAGUGUUCUGUUUUGUAUAUGUUGUAUUGGGCUUAGUGGUAUAUGGUAAUACAGGCUAGAAUAUAUUGCUCUAUUCUGAGUUUGUUGGGCUCUUUGUAAUAUUGUGUAGGUGAUGAUUUAAAUAAUAUGUCUUUUUACUUUCCUCUAUAAGCAAUUUAAAAUGCAUAUAUAUUGUACAGUAUGUGGAAACAUAUAUGUAUAUAUAUACUUAGACUUUCCUGUGUACAUAUAGUUAUGUGUACACAUUUAUAUGUAAAUAAAGACAAUUUGCUAAAUCUGU